AUGGAAGCAGGGCAAGUGGUGCGUUCGGGAGCUGGGCUGCUGGCAGCCGAACGUAAGGGGGCGUCAUUCCCCGUGCGAGACCUUACUCUCCUCCUCGACCCUGCCACCCCACGACGAGAGAACUUUCGAGCUCUGGUGGCUAAGGACCGUGAGUUCGACAAUCGCGACCAGCACUUCCGCAACCGUACGGAGCGCUACCAGCACGCGUUGGGCCUCGUCAAGCACCUCCACCUCUACAAGACCAAGCUCGGCCUCAACCAGACCGACAUGCGGCUGCUGACGGAGGAGGCGCUGACCGAGUUCCUCCCGACGCUGCUCCACGAGAUCGCCUUCGUUCCGUUCAUUCGCAGCCAGGCCUCGCCCGAGCAGGCGCAGAAGUGGUUGCCCCUCGCCGAGCAAUACCGGAUCAUCGGUGCCUAUGCCCAGACCGAGCUGGGUCACGGAUCGAAUGUACAGGGACUGGAGACGACGGCCACGUUCGUGCCUGAGACCGACGAGUUUGAGCUUCACACCCCGACCCUGACUGCGACCAAGUGGUGGCCAGGUUGCAUGGGCAAGACGGCGACGCAUGUCGUCGCCAUGGCACAGCUCAUCAUUCACGGCAAGAGGGUCGGCGUACACGCGUUUAUUGUGCCGAUCCGUUCGCUGGAGAAUCACAUGCCCCUGCCGGGCGUGACCGUGGGCGACAUCGGACCCAAGCUGGGGACGGACUCGAACGACAACGGAUACCUCCGUCUCGACCACGUCCGCGUUCCGCGCGAUCACAUGCUCAUGGGCUUCGCCAAGGUGGACAGAGAGGGACGCUACAGCAAGCCGGCUCACGAUAAGAUCGCCUACUUUGGCAUGCUCUACAUUCGCGCCUCGCUGGUCGAGGAGGCCUCAAGGACUCUCUCCAAGGCGGUCACGAUCGCUAUUCGCUAUUCCGCUGUUCGGUGCCAGUUUGCUCCGGGCAAGGGCGAGCCAGAGAAACAGGUGAUCGAUUACCGCAUGCAGCAGUACCGCGUGUUCCCGUACCUGGCGGCGGCCUAUGCGCUCAAGUUCACCGGGCGCUACAUGCGCAAGCUGUUCGACGAGCUCGCACAGGGAAUCACCAGCGGUAACCUGUCGUCUCUGCCCGAGGUCCAUGCCACCAGCUCGGGCCUGAAGAGCCUCACCACGACCAUCACGGCCGAGGGCAUUGAGGUGUGUCGCCGUGCGUGCGGCGGGCAUGGCUACACGCAUUCGAGCGGUCUCGGCAGCCUCUUUGCCGACUACGUCGGGGUGCUGACCGCCGAGGGCGAGAACUUUUUGCUGACCCAGCAGACCGGCCGCUACCUGCUGAAGGCCUACGAGAAGCUGCGCCGCGGUUCCGCCGCCUCUUCUGCCGAGCCCAAGAUCAAGUAUCUGGAGAAUGUAGACGACCUCCUGCAGGCCAAGUGUUCGGCCAAGAGCGCGGAAGACUUCCUGUGUCCGCAACGGCAGUUGCAUGCCUACAUGCACGUGUGCGCCAGGCUGCUUCACGAACUCUCCCUCGGCAUGCUUCACCAAGUUCAGAGCGGCACGGCGCCGCACGAGGCGUGGAACAACAGCCUGGUGGAGAUCGCGCAUCUGUCGAAGAUGCACUGUCUCUUCACCAUCGUCUUCAGCUUCAGCGCCACGCUCGAGAGUGAAGUCAAGCCGCGGCACCCACAGCUCUAUCCCCCGCUGUACCAGGUCGAGCAGGAGACGAGGUUCUUCCUUGAGGGCGGCUACCUGUCAUCGGAGCAGGCGGUCAUGGUGCGCCAGGCCGUGCGCGGGCUGCUGGUGGCCCUCCGCCCCGACGCCGUUGCGCUCGUGGACGCGUUCAACUUCUCCGACCACUCCCUCAACAGCUGCCUCGGCCGCUACGACGGUCGUGUGUACGAGGCGCUGUACGAGUUUGUGCAGCGCGAGCCGCUCAACCAGUCGCCUGUCGCGCCCGGCUAUGAACACAUCCGCCCUCUCAUCCGCGGCGAGCUCCUCCCGCUGGCCGCCGGCGAGACUAAAGCCAACCUCUGA